AUGGACGACUGGCAAGAUGCAGCGCUCACAACGCGACACAUGCACAAUCGCCGUGGCGGGCAGAGUACCAGCGGCAAGCAGAAGAAUGCCAUCUUCGACGUACGAAGGACUUUUGGCACAUACGAAGUAAAGUGUCCGGCCGCUGAGAAGAUCAUUGCAAAGGCGGGUGACAGUGGCGGUCCAGCAAAGCUCGAGAUAUAUGGCCUCAAUGCGGGUGGAGAUGCAGUGCAUGCCGAACUGUUUCUUCCUGGAGCAUUGCACGCUGUGGUCAUUCUUGCUGCGAGCAGGAAGACAAUGAAUGCGGUUAUUCGACGCUUGGAACGUGCAUACACAGCGAAAGAGCGUGUGGGCUCUGCGAAUGAUCAUGUUGUUGACGACGAAGAAGAACCAGACAGGGAAGCACAUGACGAAGACGAAAACGAAGACGAAGACGAAGACGAUUUUCAGAACCGUAGGGUUCAGCAGUUCGAGAAGAACAGUUUCCGCUCGCCGAAGUUCUGGCUCAGAUGGCAAGGACAAGUCACAGGUAAACCUCGAAGUCAAGAGGACGACCAGGAGGUGAAUCCCAAUACUAUGAAUACGGAUAGUGGUUACUUGGUGUUUUCAGGCAAUAGCUGCGACAAAUUCGAAGGUACCAUCAGCUGCGAGACCUUGGAAUGGCGAAACGUGAAAUUGAAAGGCUGGAAACUCACGUCAAAAUCAGAACGGGAUUUCGCUAUGGAAUGGCAUCCCACCACUGAGGAGACUUGA